GAGUAAUGAUGAGGGGGAGAGAGGAGGAGGAAGAGUCGGAUGGACGAAGAAAAACUUCUUUCCUUCGCGCAUGCGUCUCGAACUAGGACAGCUAUUGGCCAGUCAAAGAGUGUGAAUUAAGAUUCCAAAGUAGCAAGCUUUACUGACUCUCCAGUAUCGAAAAGAAGAUCAAGCAACAAGUGUGGAUUUCUGUUUUAUUUUGCACAUCAUGGAUCUCGACGGUGUGCGUCUCGACGUGCGUCUCUACCCGCAUUAUUGUGUUUUUUUCCCCUUGUGGAUAGAAAACUCAAGCGUUACGGAUGUUUAUCUGUGAAAUCUUUGUUUACAAAUAUUUACAUAUAUCACCGAGCUUACUUUAUCUAAGCGUUGGAUGACAGCGUACUUUCUCGACUUAGUGUUGGGGAGAAAUACUGAACCCGAAAGGAUUAUAAAUCUUCUCAGUGCCUAUCAGUUUGACACAGUUAGUUAUUAAAAGUGCCAAUUAGUUAUUGUGAAAGCGAAAAAUCGCCAAAUCUGUGUUUAUAAGCAUCGAAAAAUAUUUCUAGGAAUUCUUGCGUUUGCAGCAUUGUUUGUGACAUUUCAUUGAAUGCCCUUCUGAAGGAUUUAUCUAUGCCUCCCACAGAAGUUAAACCAGGAGGUACAAUCUCAAAAGUUUAUUUACCAUACAUUUUUAAACGUACACUAUAUUCGAUUAAUGCCACCAAUAUUUUGCAGAUAAUUUAAUUAAUCCAAAGAUAAGUGAGAGCAAGUUUCAAAAAAUUCCUGAACACCAAAAAAACGUCUACCGCCUGAUGCUGUUUAGGAUUGGAAUUAAAUAGCCAACCCAUCGUGCUUUUCUGGGAUUCUUCAGGGUUUUUUUGACUGUUUUGGCGCAGGUCACGAAAAUUUGACACACACCUGUGUUUGGUAGUGGAGAGGGGUGUGUGUUCAGGUUCUGAGGAAGGGGGAGGAAAAGGUUCUUCAACCCCCUUUAACAUAUCCUGAGAGAGAAGUCGUACUUUCCCGAUCCAGAGAACAAUCGUAGUGGUGAAGAAGCGACCCUCAUGUGGCAAACUGGACUCGUGGAAAAUCAGUCGUCGUCUUACUGGCGACAAUUAUCGCGGAGUUGGUACGCUGGGUACCCAGGGAUGCCUUUUUAUUUAGUGGCGGUGUGCUUUGAUAAAAAAGAUUGAUCCUACAAGGAAAGGCGUGAUCAUAACAGGUUCCUGACCAUGCGCCAGCGCAUUUGGGCGCUGCUGCUGCUUUUGAUUGUCGCAGGAGUCCACAUGAAGCUGGCUUCAGCAACCAAACACAGAAAAAACCACAAAACAGCUCACAACAAAGAACUUGUAGACGCAUUUGAAAAACGAUUGCUCGCUAUGUUCGAACUUCAAUCUAGGCCGAAGGCCAGUGGAAAUCGAAGCAUAUCGGAUUAUAUGUGGGAACUGUACAAAAAACAAAACAAAAUGCAUAGUGGAAGAAAAGCAAAUACAAUAAGGUGCUUCAGAGAAGUGACUUCAAAGAACCUCUGUGAUCCUUUCAAUGUUCUUUACAGUUUCGACCUAAGCAGCAUUCCUAGGCACGAACAAGUGUCGGCCGCUGAACUAGUCUUGUACCGAGAACAAUCUUCUCAAGAUCGGAAACCAAUUCACAGGGUGCAGGUGUUUGAUCUCCUGCGACCCAGAACCCCCAACACAAACUCUAUCCAAAGACUACUCGACACCAAGGUGUUUCGAAGUUCAUCAUUGGGUGAAUGGGAACAUUUUGAUGUGCUUCCAGCUGUUCAUAGAUGGCGGCACAAUCCGCAUGAGAAUUAUGGACUGCAAAUAGAACUAGUGAGCACAGCAAAUACCACUGAGUCACAGACAGUCAGAUUAAAAAGAUCAGUGGGUGAAGAUCCUCAUAGGUGGAAUCAAGUCGAACCAUUAUUGGUUACUUACUCGUUUAAUCCAACGAACUCAAAAGUUGAUUCAUUAUCUAGGACUAAACGUAAUGUUCGAAAGCAUCGGCGAAAAGGCCGAAAAGACAAUUGCCGGCGUCACGCAUUGUACGUUGACUUUAGUGAUGUUGGUUGGAAUGAUUGGAUUAUAGCUCCUCCUGGUUACAAUGCUUAUUUUUGCCAUGGUGAUUGCCCUUUCCCAUUACCAGAUCACCUAAAUACAACUAAUCAUGCAAUUGUACAGACAUUAGUAAAUUCUGCCAAUCCUGCGGCAGUACCCAGAGCUUGUUGUGUACCUACUGAACUAUCGCCUAUUUCUAUGCUAUACAAAGACAAAUUUGAUAAUGUUGUACUAAAGAACUACCAGGACAUGGUUGUUGAAGGAUGUGGUUGCCGUUAAGAUUCUUUGUCUCUUUCUUACAUCAAAUUUUAACAAUUAGUCGCCAAUCGAACGUGGCGUAUUUUUUAUUGUUUUGGUUUGCCGUUCUUGCCUUUAGAUCCCUUGAAUGUUAACAAAAAAAAAUGACAAAAGCUUCUUGUGACUGUUUUCAGCCAUAAUCAAAAUCCAUAUUGCGUCAUACUCUUGAUUAAUAAAUGAAAGCCUGUCUCAUACGCGUGAGAAUAAGAAUGCUAUUAUUUAAAAAGAGCAAAUAUAUUGAGAAUAAAAAACCGAGAGAGUUGCAUAUGCUGCCGCUUUUUUCUUUUUUUUUUUUAACUCACGUAGCAAAAGUUUCAAUAGGUACUUCAUAUUUUAUAAAAGUGACAUCUUGUGAUUAUUACCUCAUAAGAGAAUUACCACAACACUAGAAGCCGAAAAGUUUGUGACAGAAAAUAACAU